ACACAACAGUACUCAUGUAGUAUUUUUUUUAUUUUUGGAAUGGUUCAGUUGCGCAAAGUGCAAAACCAGAUGGAUGCCAAAAGAUCAGUAUUGUGACUGGUUUCAGAUGUGUGCUCUAACUAGACUGAAUAAAAUGAAUGGGGGGUGCAAUUUCUCAAGGUCUAAGCUGGAUUUAUGCAUGUAAACUCAUGCUUUAGCUGACAUGGAUCUGUGAUCGCUCCACCAAAUGCUGGAUGACUGGUGGGUUUGUUUUUUUUCUUCUGGAGAUGAAGUUAUCACGAUCCAAGAUUUUUUGUGAUUUAUUUGCUUCUUAAGCUCAGUAACUGAAAACAUUUUAACAAAGAAGUGAUUCCCUUUCAGCACCUGUUGGAUUCGGAGGGCCAAAGGUCACGAUCAGCAUCCCAAUUAUUCUGCAGCUUUAUGAAUUAUGAAGAUUGAAAGCUGCAGGAAUCAGCUUUAACCCUCUUCCCUCCAGGAACAUAUGGGUAAUAUUUUCUGUUACAUAACAUUUCAGGCUAAUUUCUUUGAUUCAUGGCAGCAAAGCUUUUACUCUAAGAAUAAAAAAAAAACACUUUGCUUUGAGUCUCUUUGUCAGGCAAAGACAAACUGAUUCCUUCUUCAAAAAAAGGAUGAAAAAAUGUGGAUCUGAACAGCUUACAAGUGAAUUACAGCAGCAAGACAUCCUAAAGCCACGUCAGCGAAAGAUCUGGAGAAGUUGUGACCGGCCUCAACCUCUCUGUGCAAUGAAGACCUGAAGGCGGGCGACCCAUGUGUGUCCAACUGAACGCACACGCUGAGUUUCACACAUCAGUGUUGCGCGUGUGUGCUUGAAGCUCUGCGGAGCUGAGGAUUUAAGCCAAACAGGAUGGUUCAAAAGUCCACUUCAGUGUGCCUGCUGGGAGGCUUUUUAGGCCUGUUUCUGAUGGCUCCAGUUCUAAUGAGCUCCACCCCUGCAAGCAUGUGCACCCCCCUGAAGACGCUCAACGACAGCCUCAGCCACAGGAGACGGUACAUGAAGCACAACUUCCCCAUCAACUACUCCAUCAGGGUUUAUCGUGAGGAAAUCUUUAAGCUGUCAAAUAUCAGCAGAAUGAGGUUAAAGGUGGAGGAAUUGGAUGAUCUGGUUCUCCAAAGGCUGUGGUUUCAAGUUAAUCAGGGCGUGUUAAAAAAGAUCAUCCGGGUCAUGUCAGAGAGACAUCCCUCGCGUUCGUACACAGCUGAGCUGGAAAGACGCUUCAAAGAUGUCGAGGGAGUCUUUGUGCAGUCACAUCCCGCUGAGGUGUUCCAGCAGGAGCUUCCAGAGGCAGUUCAGGAGACCUGGGAUCAUUUAACAGAGGAGCCUAACAGAGUGCCAGAGUCCAACUGGAGACUCGCCUCUCCAAAGUCUCUGGUGGACAACUUGUGCCACACCAUGUACUGCCUCUUUAGCGAGUGCUUCGACGCAGAGACUCAACAGGACUACUGCGGAGUUUCCCAUUCGAGGAGAGGCAGGAAGAACUCCAGCCGGAACACAGUCACAACACCGGCAGAGUGACGCUCAUUCUGUGGACUCCACCAGCUAAUACAGCAAACUCUGCUGAACUGCAGGAACGCAAGCAAAGGAAAAAGAAAUCACCAUGAACAGACAGUAGUUCUUUUCCUAAAUCUACCAGAAAGAGUCGAGACCGACUCAUGGACUUUGAAAGCGAAAGCGGACUAAAAGUGUUGGCAAAUAACGGCUUUCGUGAUUAUUUAAGGAAUGCAUGGACUUCUAUGAACAACUUUGCUCAACGUUUGGGAAGAAGCUUGCUUACGAGAAAAUCUUCCAAUUCAAGAUUCCUUCAGUUUAAUUAUGAAAAAGACUUGGACAUCUUUUCUUUUAUAUAUCAUUGCCAAACUUGAUUUAUGAUCAUUACAUUAUUUUCUACUUAAUGCAUGUUUGCAAAAGCCACCCUUGCAAAGCGCUUUCAGCUUUGAAAACACCAAAGCAAACCUUCUGGACCUUAUCAACUAUAACAAGACUUUUACAAGCUGCACUUUCAGGUAUCAAACUACAGGAAAGUGUUUUUACAAGCCUGCUACCAGCCGAGCCCACACAUAUCCAACCUGUCCAACGUCAUUUUACCCAUCAAAGAAGAACCGUAGCAACAAAACACCAAUUUCCUAUUUCUAUGAGUUUUGUGAUCCCUUAAAUUUGAGUCAAACAAUUUGAGCAAAUGAUGGUGGAAAACACCAAAGUGACACUCAAGUCUUUUUUAAGUAAAAAAAAAUGGUUCUGGAAUUGUGGAAACCUGAGAUGUUUUUACCCGUGAAUGAACUGAGAAGUUACUCCGACCACCCAAACCGAUGAACCUUCAAGCUGUUUCACUCCAGCGUGCUCCGACGGAAACUUUUAAGUGUCAAGAAAAAGCCCCUAAAGUUGAGAUCCUUUUUUGUGUGAUCUCCUGCUCUGUGGAUCUAGAAUUUGCUCAUCUGGCCUCAAAGCAAGGACCUACCAGGACUUCCACUCUGAUAUCAGGAAUUGAAUGAAGAAUACAAUCACGGUCUUGGUCUCGUCUCCCAGCUCAUGGACUGACGAGGUCAUGGUAGACCCAAGGAGGAUCUACUCUCUACUUCUGAAUAGUAGAAGCCACAGCCCUGUAAAAUCCAGGUUAUUUUAGUUAAAUGAAGAAACAAAGAGGUUGCCAUAAGGUGGACAAAUUGCGUUUUCACUUUACAUUACAGAACAUAGCAUUUUGCACUUACUUUUAUUCUAAGGAAUUUAAAAUUACUUUUUGAUUUAAGGUGUUAGGUUUGGUAAUCCUGGGAUACAAACUCCAGAGAAGCCAAAUGUUAUUGGUUGCAUGUUUGCUUUACUGAUCUGCGAUGCCACCACUCAAAUUUAUGAGGGAGGGAAAAAGUCCAUAAUCUGAUAAAGAAUAAUCUGCGGGAAACAAAAAAGUGGCUGAUAUGAUGGUCCCAAGCCAACCAAUCAGGUGAUGUUGAUUCAGUUGAGCUGCCCAUUUUUCCAUCAGAUUAUAUUUUUUAAAUAAUUAAUGACUAUUAAUCCAAAUUGAACCCAACUGUCGAUGCUACCUUCUCGGUCAGAUGUCACCAAACCACAAGUUGCCCUAAAGUUGCCCCCACAUCUUUGCCUUUUUUUUGGGCAACUUGUGGUUUGGUGACAUCUGACCGAAUUAUUUAUUAGAUUAUGGAAUCCAUAUCAUUGAAUAUUAUUAUUAAAUCCUCAGCUCUAGGAAUUCUAACUGUUACUUGAUCUUAAGUCCUCUAUUGCUAUCAAAAAUCAGUAAAAAAUAUUAAACUAAAUCAUGAGGUUCGUAAAGAAAUAUCAAUCCAAUUUCAGUUGUCACACAUUUUAAAUACAACUACACAGGGGAAAAUGUGUAACUAAACUAAGUGUUUUUAUUUUCACUUUUAUUCUAAUUGUAUUAACAUGGCUAAAGCUGUCCUACCGUCUCAAGCUGGUUGGAUAAUUUGGAUCAGAUUUUUCUCAUACCAACAUCAACUCUGAGUCUAAGUCAAGUCAUGGUAAAGUCGAGCCGACGAUGUAAAUCUUUUGAACUGCAAUACGUGGCUGUUUGUGUUUAACACAUCCCAUGUUUGACCUCAUCUUGCCACAACUCUCCAAUCAUGUCUUUAGCAUGUGAAAAUUUCCACUUAAAAUCAGACAAGUGCUGGGUGUUUUUCAUUUUCGAACCACCCCACAUGCAUAAAUUGUAACUUAACACAUUGUGGCUGUUUUGUGUUGGUAAAAAGGAUCAAUCACUGCAAAAAAAAAAAAAAAA